AUGGUUAAACUAUAACCAACAUCCGCCAAUGCACUUUUAAUCAGUACUUUCCUGAUAUUAUUCACCGCCUAAGUUACGAAUCAAUUUCAAUUACAUUUUGAUUAGUAAUAAAAUCCUGAAAAUGAAGAAUAAUCCACUGUAUCAGUUUAAAAUUAUCAAGAUUGCAGUAAUAUGACUGAAGAAUAAAAUUAAAUUACGGUACUGAAAGAUUUAUGCCACAGCUGUUUACUUGAUACAGUUUAUGACUUAUCUAAAACUGAUUGGGUAGAGAUAGAUAUUCCUGUAAUAAUUGAAUCCAGUCUCAUGAGAAUAUUUUCUAAGCUGAGAGAACAAUUUCCAAAACGACAGUUCUAUAUGGGCUUUUAGGAUUUUAACAUGUGCUUUGCCACAAACUAAAUUGGGAAAUCAAUGACUAUUGAUGAUAUUUUGAAAGUUUCAAAACAUUCUUUCCCUAUUAGAGAUGAUUCAAUAUUUUAAAAGGUUCAAAAACCUUUUCUUGAUUAUGUUAUUUUCAAGUAUGAAAAGAAUCUGUAAGACGAUAUGCUAUUGAAUUAAAACAUCAUUCUAAAAUACUAGAGUACAUAGGUGCUACAACUAAUGAAAGAUUAAGUUUAGAUGAUUCUCCAGCAAGUAACUCUUGAUACUUAAGCAGAUUCUUAUUUCUAUGAAGGCCAACUAUCUUUUAUCUAAUCCGGAAUAGAUCUACCUUUUCAGAUUAAAGAUAAUCAGAAACAAUCUUAUGAGUCUCGUCAUUUCAUUUUGGGCAUGGAUAAGAAUCAUACUCUAAACGAAUUUAUUUACACAAUGCAAAAGAUGGGAGUCUCAAUUACAAAACCAGUCAUCAAGGGAAUAGAUGACUACAUUAGUACCUAAGUCAACCACAUAAUGAUUUAAGUUUAGAAUGCAACUAAUAAGAUUCAGCUUUUGACAAUUAACUUUGACAUGCCUAAUUUUGCUAAUAUGCCAGAAAUUUAUCUAAGAAAAGUGACGGGGAAUAUGCAAAUUGUAUUUGCAGAUAAUGGUGAUAUUUCUCAGACCUAAACAUAUCUAAACAUUAAUGGUCUCUUUACCUUUGAUGAGUAAAACUAUUAUGCAAAUAUUAUUAGGAAAGCCUUUGAAAAUAAUCAAAUUAAUGUACUUGAAGAGACUAAGAUCUUCCCUGAGAAUUCUCAUAUCGUACCAAUUAAAAAAACAAUGCUUGAAUUUUCAAAGUUCAUUUCAAUUAGUCCUCACUCAUAAGUAUUCCCCUCUGAGGAUAAUUAUGAAUUUCUAUAUUAAAGAAUCGGAUUAAACAAAUCUCACGGUAUAAUCACUGAUCCUCAUAUCAAACUCAUAUAUAAGCCUUUAAGGGUUUUGAAGAUAACAGGCACUAUGACUACGUUUUAGAAAGAAGAUUCUUAUUUCGAGGCCAUAUAAACAAGUCUUGAUGGGGAUUUAGCUGUCACAUCAACAAUAACAUAUACAGGAGGCUAUGCCUUGGAAGCUUUGUGGAAUAUAUUUAAUUUCCAAAAUCUUUGCAGAAGAGAUAAACUUGAAAUAAAUGCAUUUAAAAUCUUAAGUCUAAGUAUCCUUUCUAACAACAUUGAGUUGAGUAACUAUGCCAAACUUUUAGGUUAAAGAUAAGACUUUCUAGACAAAGGAAUACAGAUUAGAAUUAAUAUGGAGCUUAAAAAAUUUUGCUAGGCUGAUGUGUUUUGUAUGAUACUAACAAAGUAUUAUGGGUCUAUGUUUGAAUUCUAGUUCAGAGGAGAUAUCAAUAAAAUUGAGAAAGUAUUUGUACUCAAAACUGAACUAUAGGAUAUCAAAUUCAAUGAGAGAUACUUCUUAGAUGAAUGCUAUUUGAACCUGAGAAUAAAUUACAACGAUAUCGAGAAUCCAGAUAUUGAUCUAUUUAUAUCUGGUAUAUUCAUAGGAGAAAUAUAGUAAAAUAGCACUCUUAGGUUCAAAUCAAAAAUAUUUUUGACUGAUGAGGGAGUAUUAAGACUCUAAGGAGAGAUGAAUGAUAUAUUUGUUAAUGCCUUCAACUUGAAUAACAUGGUUAACAUGACGUAGAUGACUAUUCUAUCUUAAAUAGAUCAAUCAGGUUAAUUAUCAGAUCUCUAGAUCAAUGGAGUAGGAGUAUUUGGAGCAAAUUGUUAUAGGAUUUCCUCAAUACCAGAAGUAUUCAAUAACUCAAACAAAGUUCCCUUAUUCAGCACAAAAUCAUAGUAAUAGCUCUUAGCUUUACUAAAUCAAACUUUCAUCAAUAAAGACAACUGCGAGACUGCAAAUAUAAACAUGAUUGUCAAUCCAAAUGAUUUUAGAGAAAACUACUUCAAAGGAAAGCUUAAUUUGAUUAAUCUUAAACAAUUCUAUCAAAUCUUCUUUUCUGGAAUCGCAGAGAAACUUACUUCAAUCACUCCAGAUAAUAUAAGAGAUCAGCCUAUUAUCAAUCAUUAAGUAGAUUUGUUUUAUGAUCCUAAAAAGGUUUAUAUAAAUGGAGUAGAACUUACAGGGGCAUUCAAUUUCAAUGGACUAAUUGAUUUUCAUGGAUUAACAUCUAACAUCAGAAUAGUGAUGGAUCCUGAUUAUCAGAAAUAUCUCUACUUUACCAUAGUUCUUCCUUCUUUCUCAAUAUCUCAAGAAAACAUAAAAUUUCUGUCUCCAGUAGAAUACAUUGAGGUUCUUGAUGACAGUACUAAGGCCAUUUUGAAUGCUUUUGGAGCUCCCAAGAUUGAAAUGCAGAUACCUAUAGAGAAUAUCAAUAAUCAGUUUAUUAAGUUUAGCAUGAGAGGAGUAGUCUCAAUUAUGGAGAUGCAAUAAUUGAUAACCGCUGAAAUAGAUAAUCAAAAGAUGACAUUUUCACUAGUCGGUAAUCCUUUCCAUGGUAUUUUCAGAGCAUAUUUCAAAUUCACGUCAAUAAUCUCAACCGGAUAAAUGAGAGAUAACUUUGCAAGUGUAUUUGCGUAAUUUGAGGAUGACUCAAAUCUGAGAAAUAUUGAGAAUUAUCUAAAUCAAGGGAUAAAGUAAUGGUAUAAUACAGGAUUAUCCUACUUACAAGCAUGGAAAGAUAGAAUCUCAAACUUAGAGGAUAAGAUAAGUGAGAUAAAAUAAACUAGUUAUUGUGAUCCUAAUACCUGUCCAAAAUAUUCUUAAUGCUCUUAAAAUCUCAUCAUUUAAUGCUAAAAGUACUAGGAGCAAUAUGAAUGUGUUAGAUAUGUAGAUAUUUGCACAGAUCUUUAGUAGAAAUGUACUAAGGUGGAAAAUAUCUGUGCCAGAGAAUUCAAAGGGCAAUGUCUUGAGGAGAUUGAAGUCUGUGGUGAAUGGAGUAAUAUUUGUAUGGGCUUCAAUCAGAGAAUAUGCAAAAGAUUCAGAAACAAAUUUGUCUCCUCAGAUGACUCUAUGGAGGAUGAAGAGAACAUGGAUGUGAAUGCAAAUAAAGUCUGUAGUGUUUAUGACUUGACAUGCGUUUAGCAAUCAAGAGUUGACUAAGAUUGCUUUAUGCACUGUACAUAAAUGCAAGAGAACUAUGAUCAGUAUAGAAAUUUAUUGAAGAGUUACAACACAAUAAUGAAUUUUUCAGAAUAACUCCUAGGUAACCUAACUUAAAUCAAAAGUGAUUUUCAAGAUUCUGAUGAAAAUGAAAGAAGUUUCUUCAAUAUAAGAAAUAUGACAAUGGAUGGACUAAUGGAUUCAUUUUUAGUGCCUUAGAGUACAAAUAUAAGUAUGGAGGUAUCCUAUGACUCUCCAAUUGAUGAUAAAAAUAGGCUCAUAAGAACCUCUAUAGAUUUCUAAUCCACAUCUGAAACAGCUAAGAUGAUAAUACCGUUUGUGUUAGAGGACAUUUGUAAUAUAUAUGGGAUUCCAGAAAAGCUAGCUACUAGAUUGAAUCAGAUUAUUGAGGAUAUAGAGGGAAGUGUCAGAGUUUUAUAAAGAGAUCAAAACAUGACAUAAGAUGAGAUUAAGAAUAAGUUUGAUAAAAUUAUUCAUUCAGAUGGCUUCGAAGCAAGAAACUAAAAUUAAACUACUAAAUUAACUAAAUAAGCACUAUCCACUUAAGACAGAGUCAGUUUAGUAGAGAAGAGACUCUCAUAGUUAAUGUUAGAGUAAUAAGUUUCUAAGCCUCGAAAGUUUGAUUCAGGGCUGCGAGUAGAGAAGAUAGAUGAUAGUAAACAGUCCUAGAUCUUGAAUGAUUAUCAAAUCAAUUCUCUUUCAGAAUUCCUUUUAGAUCGAUGA